CAGCUGCCGGUGCUGCCCCUGGACAGGCCGGUCCCGCAGCAUGUCCUCAGCCGCAGAGGGGCCAUCAGCUUCAGCUCCAGCUCCGCGCUCUUCGGUUGUCCCAACCCCAGGCAGCUCUCUCAGGUGCUUUCAGCAGCCUUCCUUCUUGGGCAGGGAGGCAAUGGAGAAGAACCCUGAUUGACUUACUUCCCAGCCUUAAGUAGGAUCUACAUAAGAUGGGAAUCCUUUGUUUCCAGUGGAAAAAUACCAGCAGUGUUCAAGGUGGUACCCCGUACCAGGUGACAUCAGAUGACCCUACAGUGUCAAAGCAACAUCCCAGGAAGCUCCUCAGGAAGAGACGUGGAGCAAUUUCCUAUGACAGCUCUGAUCAAACUGCAUUGUACAUUCGUAUGCUAGGAGAUGUGCGAGUAAGAAGUCGGGCAGGAUUUGAAACAGAAAGAAGAGGUUCUCAUCCAUACAUUGAUUUCCGUAUUUUUCACUCAAAUUCUGAAAUUGAUGUGUCUGUGUCUGCAAGGAAUAUUCGAAGAUUACUUAGUUUCCAGCGGUACUUGAGAUCAUCUCGCUUCUUCCGUGGUAUUACUGUUCCAAGUUCCUCAAACAUUUUAGAUGAUGAUUAUAAUGGACAAGCAAAGUGUAUGCUGGAGAAAGUUGGAAAAUGGAAUUUUGAUAUCUUUCUUCUUGAUAGGCUAACAAAUGGGAACAGUCUAAUCAGCUUAACCUUCCACCUGUUUAAUCUUCAUGGACUGAUAGAACACUUCCACUUAGAUAUGAUGAAACUUCGUAGAUUUUUAGUUAUGGUUCAAGAAGAUUAUCAUAGUCACAACCCUUAUCAUAAUGCAGUUCAUGCUGCUGAUGUGACUCAGGCCAUGCACUGUUAUUUAAAAGAACCUAAGCUUUCCAAAUCUCUAACUCCAUGGGAUGUUCUGCUCAGUUUAAUUGCAGCUGCCACACAUGAUUUGGAUCAUCCAGGUGUUAAUCAGCCUUUCCUUAUUAAAACAAACCAUUACUUAGCAACUUUAUAUAAGAAUAUCUCAGUAUUAGAAAAUCACCACUGGAGAUCAGCAGUGGGGUUGUUGAGAGAGUCUGGUUUAUUUGCACAUAUGUCAUUAGAAAACAGGAAGCUGAUGGAAAGCCAGAUAGGUGCUCUGAUUCUUGCCACAGACAUAAGUCGGCAAAAUGAAUACCUAUCCAUGUUUAGAACCCAUUUGGACAGAGGAGACCUAUGUUUAGAGGAGGCAGGCCAUCGCCACUUCAUUUUACAGAUGGCUUUGAAGUGUGCUGAUAUUUGUAAUCCAUGCCGGACCUGGGAACUAAGCAAGCAGUGGAGUGAAAAAGUAACAGAGGAAUUCUUCCAUCAAGGAGAUGUUGAAAAAAAAUAUCACUUGGGUGUGAGUCCGCUGUGUGAUCGACAGUCAGAAACCAUGGCCAACAUCCAGAUUGGUUUUAUGACCUACUUAGUGGAGCCAUUAUUUUCAGAGUGGGCCCGGUUUUCAAAUACCAGGUUAUCACAGACAAUGCUUGGUCAUCUGGGACUGAAUAAAGCUAGUUGGAAGGGACUGCAAAGAGAACAGUCGAGCAGUGGUGAUGAUACUGAUCCUGCAUUUGAGGAAAUGGACUCAGACGUAUUACCUCAGGAAACUCGAUUGUCCUGACCCCAGAAUCUGCAUGACAAAAUUGCCUCUUAUGUAGGUAUCUGCACAAUGGGGUUUGAGGAAAAACUUAUGACUGCUCAAGGUUCAGUGUAAAUGAUGCCAGCAUUAUUUAUUUCCAAGUUUUCCUUUACAGAUCACUUGAACCCAAUUUUUAUUUACAAGAUUGGAACAUAGAGCAAUAUGCAUAUGCCUCAGUUGGCUUUUGUUUGGAACCUUGAAUAUGCAAAGCACAGCAGUGACUGAAUCUUGAAGGAACAAUACAAGGUGCCACGUGGGUUUUUUU